UUUCUGGCCAGCCCUUCAGAUGAGAGCACAGAAGGUGCUGCUGCUGAGGCCCCACAUCCUGCAGCAGAGUCAUCCACGGAGGAAGGUGAUGUAGAAGAAGUGGAAGAGGCCGAGAAGAUCCCAGAUGACUUUUUCUAUGACUAUGACAGUAUCUGCUCGCAGCCAUACAUCUCUCCUGACUCCGGGAUCCCUAGCAGAGUGCUUCACCUUCUGCAUUCUUUUGGCUAUGACUGUACUAAACGGGCAAAUCUUCACUUGCUGGAUGACCAGACUUUGCUAUAUGUAGCUGGGGCCAUGGUCAUCAUCCUAGGACUUAAGACUCAAGAGCAACAAUAUCUGAGGAGCAGCAGUGGUCAGGGGAUUGGAGCUGUCGCGGUCCAUCCAAGCAGGAGCUAUUUUGCAGUAGCAGAAAAGGGACACAAACCGAAUAUUAUCCUGUAUGAAUUCCCAUCUCUGAAACCCUAUCGGAUCCUCAGAGGGGGCACAGAGGAAGCCUAUGCCUUCAUAGACUUCAAUCUGUCUGGAACACUUCUUGCCAGUGUGGGCAGCAGCCCUGAUUAUAUGCUGACUAUCUGGGACUGGAAGCAGGAAAAGAUUAUGCUGAGGUCCAAGGCAUUUUCCCAAGAUGUGUUUCAAGUCACCUUCUCACCAGAAAAUGAGGAGCAGCUUACUACCUGCGGGACGGGGCACAUCAGAUUCUGGAAGAUGGCCCGCACAUUCACCGGUUUGAAAUUGCAAGGAGAACUAGGAAGAUUUGGAAAGACUGCCCUAACAGACAUAGAAGGAUAUGUCGAGUUGCCGGAUGGAAAGGUGAUAUCGGGGUCAGAAUGGGGCAACAUGCUUCUCUGGGAAGGCGGUCUCAUCAAGGUGGAGAUAUGUAGAAGAGGACGAAGAGUGUGUCAUACCGGACCCAUUAACCAGUUCGUCCUGGAUGAAGGAGAACUUAUCACCAUUGGUGCUGAUGGUUUUGUCAGGGUUUGGGAUUUCGAGACAGUAGACACUGCAGACUCUGUGGAUGACACCGGCCUUUUGGAGAUGGAGCCCAUGAAUGAGCUUCUGGUUGGGAAGAACGUAAACCUGCGGUAUAUGGUGAAGACCAUGGAGGGUGACGCCCCAGUGUGGUUUGCUCAGGACGCCAGUGGAGGGAUAUGGAGGCUGGAUCUGUCCUUUUCCAAUAUAACACAAGACCCAGAAUGCCUCUUCUCCUUUCACUCCGGCAAGAUCAACGCUCUGGACGUGUCUCCUUCAACAUACCUCAUGGCCACGACGUCCCUGGACCGAUCGCUGAGGAUCUAUGACUUUGUGGGGAAGGUUCCUCUGGUGGACAUGAAGUUUAAACAAGGCGGCACCGCACUCACGUGGGCCCCUCGCAUGGUUAAUCCUAAAGGCGGCUUGUUUGCAGCGGGAUUUGAAGACGGAGUUGUCCGUAUCCUAGAGGUUUACAAUGCCACGGGCAGGAGGCUUAUGACGGGACGAAGCGGCACCAACGAUGCUGCGGUAAACCUGAGACAAGCCUUCAAACCGCACAACGCUCCCGUCACGGCUUUGGCAUACGAGCGCAACGGAGAGAUCCUCGCCACUGGGAGUAUGGACAGAACCGUCUUCUUCUUUGCCGUCGGAGACACCUAUGAACCCAUUGGAUUUGUACGUCUUCCAGGACCCGUCAGGGAGUUACACUGGUCUCCCCCCUCCCAUGAGCAGAGCACGCUGCUCGUUCUCUGUGAGAAUGGAUUUGCCGUCCAGAUCGCGGCACCUGCAGCUGAGAAAUCGGAUCCUGUCACCAGUUAUGAAAUCUCCCAUCUUCCUCUCAGUUACUUCAGGUUCAGAAGCAUCAAGUCCAAGAUGGAGAGGGAGGAGCAGCUGGAACGCAUACGGAAGAACCAAGAGCAGAAACAGAAGGAACGGGAAGCCUGGAUACAGGAACAGAAGGAGCGGGGAAUGGAGCUGUCAGAGGACGACCUGCAGCCAGGUACUGAAGAGGAGAAGCUGCCGGAGCUGUAUGUUCCAGAAGAACCCAGUCCCAUCCUGUGUGGUUUCUAUGCCAGUCCUGGGAAAUUCUGGUUAUCCCUGGACGGCUACGACUCAGGGUUCCUUUACCUCUGUACGUUUUCCGACACCAAUGGACAACCUGAGGAUCCAGCACUGAGGAAGGAUGAACCAGUGCGCGCUCUGCCAAUCAAUGACACCAGCAACAAUCCCAUCCACAAAAUCCACUUCAGCUCCAACAAGCAGCUGUUGUUCUGUGGGAUGCAGGACGGAGCCGUCCGGGUCUACCCUCUCCAGCCCAACGAUCCUUUACUGGGUUCCAUGAGCAGUUACUGGUCUCUUGGGGUCCAUGAUAACCAGUAUGGAGCCAUCCAAGCCAUCAGCUCCAGCUUUGAUAACCAGUAUCUCGCGACCUGUGGAGCUGACGGCAACAUCUUCACCUUCAGCCUCCUCUCCAUGGAGGACAUUGAGCGAGACCUGAAAGUGAAGAAAGCUAAAGUGCCUUCUCCUAGGCUCAGCCUGGAUAAAGAGAAGCCUGCGGAGGAUAUUGAGGACCCAGAUGCUUACAGCAUAGAGAACGCUAAACAGAAGCGACAGCACGACCUUCUCCUGAAGCAAGCGGAAAGUAAGAAGGCCGGCAGGAGACGGGAGCUCGAGGUGCUGAGGAAAGAGUUCAGGCAGCUCCUGAGGAAGAACGUGGAGCUACCGCAUCACAUGCAGCUCAGCAGAGUGGAGUUUGAGAUGGACCAUAGGAUCCGAGAAGAAAUGGAACGUCAGACGUCGGAGAGGAUCCGCACCGUGCUGAAGGAGCUGGCCUGGGAACAGGAGAAGCACAACAUCGGACUGAAGAAGCUGCAGGCUCGAUUCCGGGAUAAGGUGGAGUUUGAUACGGUGAUCGUCCGCGCAAUCAACACCGAGCACCAAGUGUCCACAUACCGGCUCCUGUCUCUCUCAGAGAAGUACUUUAAAGUGAAGGGGAUGAUUUUGAAGAGGAGGAUGACGCGCUACGAUCUGUAUCAGAAAGAGCCUGGCGUUGGGAAAGAGACUCGAGAGUCAGCCACUACAGGAGGAGGUGACCUUAGUGCUGUGACGCAGAAGCACAGACCACACUGGGCGGGAAGACGCAUGGAGGGACGCAUGGAACGAAUCAGGAACAUCAUCGAGAAGGCAGAAAAGGCAAAAUCCAAAAUCUCACAGAGGAAACAGGAAUGGGACCAGCUGUACAAAACUAAGCCCAGUGAGGACUAUGAGGACCCAGCAGAUGUUUUGGCCAUUACAAAUGCCAAGGAGAACAUGGGAGACUUUAAACUGAAAACAGCAAAGGAUUACACUGUCCCCGAGCACCUGCGGAUAAAUGCCGAAAGAAAGAGAUCUGAACUGGCAAUGUUAGAAAGCAUGAUACAUGAGCAGAAGUCAUCCAUGAACCGUUCCAUCAUGGCGCUCCGUGAUCUCAAGCUCGAAACCAUAGAGAAGAUGAAGAAUAUUGUACGCGAGGUAAGAGUCACCCAGGAAGCACUGGACUCAUCCAAACACCUCCCCAUCCCGAGAGUGCCUUCACUGCGCCCCGACGAGACGCCGGAGAAGAAAUUCCAGUACGACAGCGAGACUCUUCGCAGGUUCCAGCUGGAGCAAGACAACCGGGUACAGGCACCACCAGCAAUGCAGGAAGGAGGUUUUGGUGGAUUCGGUUUCGGAGAAAAACAGCAAACCACAGCGAAGCAAUCAGAGUCCCAAUCUAGACCAUCUACCACAAGCACCGCGAGAUCGUGUCGCAUCGCAUCUUCCCAAAGACGCCAUCUGCAAAGGAUGGAGCUGUCUGACCUGGAGAAAGAGGCCGUGCAGAGGGAGGAAAUUAGGAAUCUAUACAUGCAGGACAACCUCAUCAAACAGAUGAACCAGCUGGCGCGCGACUUUGACGCUGAGCUCCGCAUUGUGCGGCACAAGAAGUUGGAGCUGGAUGUCCAGAUGAAGAUGGCUGACCUGCGGCACAUCACUCUUUUCGAGGAACUUCUCCUGCUGAAGGAGUUUGAGAAGCGAGAAGACAUCUUGCAGGAGAAAGUCGGCGACCGAAUCGCGGAGCUGGAUGAGAUAAAGAGGAAGUCUGAGGAUUUUAUGCUCCAGUUGGAGGCCAAGAGAAAGGAGGUCCUGAAGCUGCAGGAGAAGGAGAAGGCUUUGCACGCCACCUUCCAGACCUCUCUGGGAGAGGGCAACAAAUUUGCCACAUUUCUCACCAAAGUAUUUAAGAAGAAGAUCAAGCGGGCAAAGAAGAAGGAAGUGCACGGAGACGAAGAGGAAGAUGAGGACAGCGAUGAAGAUACAGAUGAGGAGUCCACAUAUGAAAGUGACGAUGAGGAGUCAGAGUCUGAAGAAGGUGUUUUCGAUGAUUCUGUUUGCCCGAACAACUGUGACCCCGAAUUGUUUGACAACGUCCUGCAACUGAGAGAGAAGAGACUGGACAUUGAGGAGGCGCUGGUGGAAGAGAAGAAGGUGGUGGACAACCUGAAGAAGGAAUCUGACGCGCUAGCCAAGAAGGUUAAGAUAGUGGAAGUGAACCUGAAGACAGCGGAGGCCGAACUAGAAGCGUUCCAGCGCGAGAAGCAGCAGAAGCUCAAUCAGCUGUACGUGGUGGUACCUCUGAAGCUCCACCAGGUUGAUUACAUCAUUAAUGGAGAGAUUCCCAGUGACUUAUCUCAGGCCCUCGUCUUCACCAACAAUUCCCUGGAGAGUCUGCAGCAUCGGAUCAGGGAGCUACAGAUGGAGAAGGUGGAGCAGCGAGAACUGUAUAAAAAGGCCAAGGAGCAGCACAAGCAACUCAUCCGAGAAAGGAAAGAGAUGGAGGCCAAGAUACAGAGUCUGGAGGAGAAGUGUCGCCAGCAGAUGAUGAUGAAGUUCGGCCGACUGGUCGACCUGGAGGCUCUGCAGACCCUGUCUGUGAACACCAGCCUGGAGGAGCUGAAGAUGAAGUCCGCACAGAGGCAAGAGGAGAUGGACCGCGAGAUCGCUCAGUGGGAGAUCCAAGUCAUGGAGACCAAACGAGGCCUGAUGGAAAUCACACGGGAGCAGACGAAGAAGAUGGAGAGGCUGAACGAGCUGCUGACGGAGAAGAAGACCAUAGAGGCCAAACUGGACGCCCGGCAAACUGUGGUGGGCGAAGAAUUCCAGGGUCCGCGGAAAGCCGACAUCCAGGAGAGGCAGAAGCUCCUCGGGCUGGCCGAGAUGCAAGUCGAAGAGAUUGAGAGCCUGAAAGAGGAGAUUGUACUGCUCAGCAGGAAAGGAGGGAGCAUUCUGCCUCCUGCGCACUCACCCGCUGCCCACAGCGCAGGCGCCCUGGUCUGA